AUGGAUAAGGUAUCGAGCGAGACCGCUGAGUCCCCUUCGGCCUCACCUUCAUUCUCUUCCAGCACCAAAAGUGGUAGUAGCACCAAGUCUGAUGCCAGCGCAAAUAGGAGUAAAGAAAUGGAUCUUACCAAGGAUAAUUCCGCAUCUCCUAUCGACCUUGAAUGUCUUAUACAAAUGGAACGCAUCACUAAGAUACUUGACGAGGCCAUCUAUAAGUGCAAGUUGGCCAUUUGUCUUCCAGACCUGGUAGCAGAGUACAAAACUCUGAGCAGCGUGCUCUCGUCCACUCACAUGGAUGAUUUGAUCUUCAUAUUUGAUCAAUACGAUAACCCUUUAUUUUCUGCAAGUGUACUAAACAUGGCGGCUGUGGAGGAUUUGAAAGCUGGUGAUAUUAGUUUAAAGAAUCGCUUAAACCCAGAACUGAGCCACCUUAUGUAUAUCAUGAAUAGCUACCCAGAGCUCCGGCCUACGGUAUACGAAAUGAUUGAACAGAAACGUGUAACGCCAAGAGAGGUAAGUAACUGCUCACACCUUAACAUGAAGUUUUACGGAGAUACGAUGGAAUCUAGAGCUCGAGCAAGCCCAGAACAGUUCGCAGCUUUAUUGGAAUUUAUGGAGAGCAACAUCAUCAGCAUCUACCGCUCCUCCUUCACUGCCACCUCCCUCUGGCGAACUUCGACGCCCUCUACCACCAGCGCCAUCGCCGCCACUUGGCACUGCAUCCGCGCCGGUGCCAUCAGCGAUGUCUCCUACCGCGUCCAAGUCGCGGGGGGCUCCACAGCGGCGACGAUAUCGGACAAGCCCAUCGCCUACGGCGUCGGCAUCCCCCACCGCAUCAAUGACGCGGCGCCACGGGCUGUUUCGAGCGCGUACGCGCCGGCUGCUGGUAUUGAGUUUCUGAAUACACUGGAACAGUUUCGUGACCUCAUGAUAAGACAGAUGGAGACUACUGCAGCUGAUGAGCUCAUGAGCAAGAUUAACACAAGAAAAUUGGAAACUACCAACAAGAAACUUAUCGAGGAUAUUGAAGAAUACUCAGGAAUACUAAAAGAGGAGAAUGACAGCUUUGAACAGACGAUGGCAGAGAAAGCUCAAAUUAUAACCAAGCUGGAACACGAACUAUCAAUGCUCAACUACGAGGCUACAGUUAAGCUUAAGAAGAAAAUUUUGGACUCAGAACGUCAAAUGGUCUUAGCUACUAGGGCUCAUCUUGUUAAAAAUGAGAUGUUAUUGGAGGAAGAAUUCGAAUGUAAGCAAAACUAUGAACUUUUGUUAAAACAGCACAUGAAGGAAGAGAAAAAUCAAAGAGCUCGCAGAUUUAAAGUAGAAACGCAGCUGUGUUCAUGGCUUCAGAAAUACGAUUUAGAGAUGGCAGAUAAGCAGGUGGAGUUGGAUGAAUUCACUGAGAAGUACGAGGAAGAAGUCGAAAAGUGUGAAAAGUUACAGAAGAAACUAGAUGAGCAAGACAUCAAAUAUAUACCGCUAAUGAAGGAACGUGAUGACGAAUAUGACGCAGAGAUGACGGCUAAAAUGGAAAAGUUCCUUCUGGAACAUGCUGCAAGAAUCAUACAGUUCGCAUGGAGGGAGGUACUCUCCAACCGAGCAGAAAAGAAGAAGUUGAAGAAACUUCAGAAGAAAAUGAUAGCGGCUGCAGAAGCUGCAGCAGCAAAACAAGCGGCGGCAGAAAAGGCCGCAGAAAGAGCGGCUAGAGCUGCAGAAAGAGCAGCUAAAGCGGCAGCUAAGGCCGCUGCCUUAGCUGAAAAAGCUGCGAAGAAACAAGCUAAAGCCAACGAGGGUAAGGAGGAGAGCGAUGCCAAGAAUUAG